ACGUGCGCGCGCUGCCGGAUCAUUGAACGCGCACGCAUGUUACAUUAUGUUGAUAUUGCGCAUCCAUCGAGAACAACGGAGACUCACAUACUUGACACAAAAUGGCUCAUAAAAGAUUAAUUAAGGAAUUACAAGACAUUCAGAGGGACCCACCAGCAAACUGUUCAGCGGGAAUGGAUAAUGACAUUAUGCAUUGGUCAGCCACAAUAAUGGGUCCUAAAAACAGUCCGUAUGAAGGAGGAGUAUUUUGUCUCACAAUCCAGUUUCCAACAGAUUAUCCUUUCAAACCACCUAAAGUCAACUUCACAACAAAAAUAUAUCAUCCCAAUAUAAAUAGCAAUGGCAGCAUUUGUCUUGAUAUUCUAAGAUCACAGUGGUCACCAGCAUUAACAAUAUCAAAAGUCUUAUUGUCAAUUUGUUCGAUGCUUGAUGACCCAAACGCAGACGACCCGUUAGUGCCCGAAAUCGCCAGAGUUUACAAAGUCGACAAGUCAAGGUAUAACAAUAUAGCCAAGGAAUGGACGACGAAACACGCCAUGAGUGACGAAAAGGAUAAAAGCAAGUCAAAAACGGCGAUGAAAGGAAAGUGAAUUGUGGGGAACAUUCUGAUGGCUGUGGUCCUCUAGUUUCUAUUGAUUUAUGCUUAUUACCAAUGUCUUUAUUGUUCUUUUUGUGCGGGAUCCCAAAACUAAGGGGGGGAGGGAUGUAAAACACCCACAUACACCACACACAUUUGUGAUCAAAUUUCUGUGCAUCAUUAAUGUUUCAUCCUCUUUAAUGCUGGUCAGGCAUGAUCCGUAGAUGGCACUUCGCGCAACAUUUGUGGAUGCGUUUCAGGGCAGCGCCAUUAUAAUUAACCUGUCAGGUUGAAUCUGAACAGAUACGAAGCGGUCAUCGGGACCUGCUACACCUUUUGGAUAAUGCUACGUGCACCUUUGUUCCUGGCUUUUUGCACUUCAUCACACUUUCUCCAAACCAUUGUAGUACUAGCGUAGGCGGAUGCUGUCGCCUUAUCUUUGUUGUUACACGAAACGUCUGCAAUACUUCUGAUCCGGAAGACUACACACUUUGUAGCGAUCGCAUACACAUUAUACCCUUCUUUCGUUUGUGGUCGUUUUCUUUAUAUCAACCAGGAUUCAGUGCGGGUUUCUCAUUGAGAAAAACUGCUGCCUGACAUUCGACGAUAACAAGAAAACAAUUACCAAUGCAAGACUGGAGUAUAUAGGCGGUGGCUGCAAAGUGUGUAGUCUCUUGGUAUCAGAUGUAUCGCUGGCAUCAGACUAAUUACAUGUAAGGCAAAGACAAAAGCUGCAGCCUCCGCCCAGAGUAUAUGCUAAUGCAUAGAGAUAGGGCCCUAUCUUACAAAGAGUAACGAUUGAUCAGAUCAAUCUCAAGUAUAUGGAAAUCCAUAAAUGUCAUAUUUUUUCUUUAGGAAAUUUGCACAAUGUCCUUUUGAAAGCAAAGAGGAGUAUAGGCCUACUGAAUUGUCAAGAAAACAGUGAAUGCAUAUGAAUUUUGACAAACAAAAUGCAAGUGUUUUGGGAUUGUAUUUUUACACUAUAAGCCUAAUGUUAUUUAAGCCCAUUUUCAAGAACCAAAAUGAGAGUUUUAAAUCAGAACAAAGUGAACUGAUCACUUUGAGAGGGAUCAACUACAAUGGCUCGACCUCCCCCACUGAUCGGAACAUUGUCGGGCAACUGACUGUAACACGUUCUGGUCGUGGGCACCCCCUCAAAUACAGGAAUGAAUACAAUCCUGUAAAGAUUCACAGAUGUUGCUUUUCCCUGUGCAAUUGUUGCUAGCGUUGCAUCGAGCGCCAUCUAUAUAUCAUGCCUGACCAGCUUGUAUAAACAGUGGGACCGAUAGUCUCGUAUCCAGUCUAUCAAAUAACCCUCAUUAUUUUUCCAAUAUUUAUCAUAUCGACUUGCAACAAAUGAUUCCCUGAAAAUUGCAUUCAUGAAUGACUAAACAUCAACAUGUUACAUGUAGUAUAUAUCCAGGGCAUUUAGAGUUAUACCUUGGUGCAUCUUCAAACUAGUUUAACAUUGGUGAGAAGUUUGCAAAAGGACUAAUUUUCAUGCCAUCACGUUUUAUUCUAAAAUUUUCAAAACAAAAGAAUUACUUUAUAAUUGUAUGACAUUUGCAAACUAUUUUCAUGGUGGAUAAACAAGUUAAGAACAUAAUGAUCACAUUCAGUUUGCUUUUAUGAAAUGGUACUAAGUUUUUGUUUUGUUUUUCUACAUUUAAUGUAGAAACAUAAACAUUUGUGAUGUUUAAAGUGGUUUACUGAUGCAGUUGUUAGUAUUUAAAGUCCAAUAUAAACUUGUGAUUUGUAAAGGAAUUAAAAACAUUUUUAUCACCAUGAUAUUAGCUUGAGUAUCCUUUGGAAACACCCACUAUCUUGUAGAUCUAUAUAUAUAUUUUUUUUUAUAGAAAUGAGUUCGUAUUAUACAGUAUUCAUGUAGUAUGUACCUCAUGGUUAUUAUCCUUUGAAUACUUUUGGCCCCUAUUAUAAAGAGUUUUUAUUGGUAAAAAUCCAUUUGAUCUCCGUGAACAAUAUGUUUAUCUGAAUCAAAUGAAGAAUUAGUCCCCCACGCCACCCCAUGUAAUCUAGCACAUUCAAAUGCAAUCAAACCUAAUUUGAAUGCAAACUUGAUUGCAUUUGAAUUUGUGUUAUUGCAGGUUCUCAGAAUUGAAUGCAUUUCAUGCCCGAUGUGGCAGAUCCCAUGCAAUGUAGCAUGAAUAAUUUAUUGGUCCCUUUGUUUGCCAUAAUGUGAAAUAAAAUGCAAAUGAAUGCAAGUAUUCUCAGUUGAUUGCAAAUGCUUUCAUUCAAAUGCACUUUGAUGGUCAUUGGUUGAAUGUGAUCUUUCAUUUCAUUUCCACCAUUCUUGUGCUUGGGGCUUCGACUGGAAUGAUGGCAUGACUGCAAUCACAUCACGUCUUGUAAAGUUGCAUUAUGCCAAGGAAGUUUAAUGCGCCUAUUACGUUCAACCUUAAUUCAACUGACUUUUUUUCAAAUCUCUCCCUUUCCCUGCAAAGCAUCAUAUUUCUUACUUCAGACCAUAUUUUCAGGUGAAUAAAUUUGAAAAGAAAAUACCACUUUAUAUAAUUUAAUACCUCUACGGUGGCCGUACGGCGAAUCGAAAACAGCCGUUUUAACAUUUUUGUACCAGCUUCAUAUAGGUGGUUUGAAUGAAAAUGAAUUAAACGGCUGUUUUCGACUUGCCGUACAGAAAAUGUGACUGAGGUACUAUUAGUAAUUAAAGGCUAACUGGACAAAUGUAAUCAUUAUGGUUUUGUCUUAACUCAUUCAGCCCUUCUGUGUCAUUGAUACCAUAUGGAUACAAAACUUCCUUUAAAGCACAACAAAUCUUAUAUACUUUUGAUUUCUAUAAACCAAGGGUCUAAUGUGCUAACACCAAAAUGUCAUUGAUAAGGAAACAUGAAAUGUGUAUUUGUAAGUUUGCAAGAAGCGCGAAAACAGUAUGCUAGUUCACGCUUGACUGUCAGGGCUUGUAAGAAAUGGGGUCCGUGACACAAAGCUUAGCAAUCAUUUAACAUCUUUUUAAAACGAUUUAUUGCAUUGACUACAAUAAUUAAUCAUGAAAAUCAAGCGUUAGAUUAAUCGCUAACCUUUGUGUUACGGGACUUUGGAGUGUUUGCAAAUUUGUUCCCCCAAGCAGAUACUCUCGGCUUGGGGAUUGUCGCUUGUUUCAAUGGCACAUUGUAGUUUGUCUGUAAAGAAGUUUUGCUAUUUUGUAAAUGUAUUUAUUGUAAUAUGAAGAGCGUGAAGUAAAUGAUUGUCGAAAUGUGUGAAUUUUGAAGGAUAAUUUUUCCCUCCACGCAGGAAAGAAGAAAACAGCAUCAUUAUACAUACUCGGGGAAAGAUACAAGUACAGGACCCUUCUUAAAUUCUUGAUUUUAAUGUCAAAUUACUGGUUAUUACACUAAUUUGAUGUUCAGUUUUAAACAAAUCUUCAAUUGUAGGAAUAUGUAUUUGUUUCUUUCACACUGAUGGUAUUUGCCUUUGAUGAUGAACAUUAUUUAAAUCAAAGAAAUUAGAAUUGCUAGAAAUUAGACUCCAGCAAAAAAAAAAAAGAAGGAAAGAAGAAAAUAAGUCAACAAAAUCUUGCACAUUUCACAUAUUUGGCAGUUGGCAAAAGUGGAUGAUGACUUGAUGCAAAUUUAUGUACAGCUAAGGAAUACUAUUUGUUCAUCAUUCAACACUUGCAUCAUAUUCUAUUUGGUCAGAAUAUGUGAUAUAAUUCUACCUGCAUUUAACUUUCUGCAUGGAUUUUAUAUAAAUUAUUUCUUUGGCAAAUGAUUUUGUGAAGUAACCUUUCAGCAAACCAAUUAUGCAUGGAUGAUGUUAGUGUGUGUGUGUGUGUGUGAGAGAGAGAGAGAUAGAGGGGGGGGGUAGGAAAGGAGGGAGGGGAGGGUAAGAGAGUGUGGGGAGAGGGGGGGGGCAAGAGAGGGAAAGAGGGUUCUUUGUUCAGCUUUGUUUAAACAUUGCAAUCCAUUUUCUUUUCUUUGUAAUCUAUGAACACAAUUCUCAUGGAUUCCUUUCCUCAAACUACAGAGUUAAACCUAUAAUAUCUGAUGGUUUGCUCUAUACCUACCAUAUACAACAGAGAGAUAAUAUUCCUCAUCGAUAAACAAUUAUGUUGGCAGGAUCUACCAAUGCAAUGUAAUCUUAUUGUGACCUUAGUUUGGUGUCUGUGAAUAGACACAAAUAUUCAUGGAUCUAGGAGGCCUGUUCCCAUUGGUCUAAUCCAGCAUUAUCUAACUACUCUCUUUGUAUAUUUCUAGUGUAUUACCCACUGUAAUCGAACCAAUUUACUAUUCUAAUUCCAGUUAGGGUCAGUCAAUUGUGUUUAGUACCCACUUUGUCUAAAUGAUCUGUCUAUUUGUGUAAGACCGAAAUACACAAACACAUGUAGUGAAAGUGGUCACCAGACAGAGUAAAUCAAAUCAAAAUCAAAGUGGUGGUUAUUUUACCUGAAUGCCUGUAAGUAAGCAAAGAGAUGGCUUAAGGUCCUAUCUGAGUGACCUGGUAACAAAUUCAUCAAAGGUGCACUCACUGGGUUUCAUCCCUGAAAUAAGCAUGAAUGCUUGUUUAAUGUCAUUAAUCAAACACAUGACAGAUGGCUUAAGGUCCUAUCCGAGGGACCUGGUAACAACUUCAUCAGAGGUGCACUCACUGGGUUUCAUCCCUGAAAUAAAGCAUGAAUGCUUGUUUAAUGUCAUUAAGCAAACACAUGACAGAUAGCUGAAAAGUCCUAUCUGUGGGACCUGUUAAUGAGGAACUGGGUUAGCUGUAUUGCGAACCCACCACUCUCCCAACUGAGUUAUUACACCUUGAGAUGACCAAUUAGGAAAAGGGGCGACUAGACCAUGUUACACCAAUCAAAGUUAGGACCACGCUGAUGGCUUCAGCCAUUGUGGCAUUAUACCAACUUGUAUCCAUACCAAGGGGCUGUAUAUAAUAUUUCAAAUGCAAAGAGUAUAUCUGUUCUAACUGAACAUGAACACUAGAAAAUAUAUCAUAAAAAGUAUGACUAUGGUACACUAUGGAGGCAUGAUAAAGACUACAAAAUGUAGGCUACAGAUAGUACAGGAUAUGUCUCUCCAUAAGGCAUGAAUAACAUGGCACAUUUAAGGAGAUAUAUCAAGACUGCAGAAAAUGUAUUAAUAGGAAUGGCUGUAGUAAAUUAAGGGAGAUAUCAAGACUGAUAAAGAUGUCCCCAUAAGGUAUGGCUAUGAUACAUUUAGGGAGAUGCAACAAGGCUGCAGAAAUUGUCUCCAUAAGGUACUAUUUGUUACAUGAGAUAUUAUAUUCAUCUGGACAAGUGCCACAAGAGAAAAUGCACUUUCAGGGAUAAAAUAUACAUAUACAUCAUCAAUAUUUUUGUACACGAUAAACUGGACCAAACCACCGAUUUGAGAUUCACAUUGAUUUGGGGAUCCUUCACCACGAAGAAGCUCUUAAUUUGCUAAUUAUUUGACCAAUGAAUUUAAAGCUUUCCAACUUAUGUUUGUUUGCAACUGUAAUCUAAUUUUCCUUGCUUUCCUUUCGAUGUAUGUUAACUUAUAAGGAGAAUCAGAUAUGUAUGCAAUAUAUGUAUGUGUAAACUAAGAACAGGUAUAGGACAGUCGCUAUCUAAUACUGAUUCUAAAAAGCAACUUUUUUUUCUCUUUGGCUAGGAAAUGUUUUUGGAUUGUUAAAGGAAACUGUUGAAGCACAAAAGCACUCUCGGGCAUUCAUGGUGUGAGUUAUAUGCUGUCUUCACAAUUCAAAUCAUUUCACUUUGUAUACAUAUGCUGUAAAGAAGAUGACUAGAUAUUCACAUUGUAGAUGAUUUGACAGAAAAUAGGAUUGGGGGAAAAGCAUAGUUUAGUGGGUAGUCCACCAAGGUUAAAUAAAUAAACAGUGAAACCUGUCUAUAGUGACCACCCACAGGAAACUCAAAACGUGGCCUUGAUAUAGACAGGUGUCUGCUAUAGAGAGGUUCUUAUACACACGAUCUGCCUCCAUGGGAAUCAAUUUUAGUGGUCACUAGACAGGUGUCUGCUAUAGACAGAUUCUUAUACACACUUUCUGCCUCCAUGAGAGUCAGUUUUAGUGGUCACUACAGACAGGUGGCUGCUAUACACAGGUUCUUAUACACACUUUCUGCCUCCAUGGGAAUCAGUUUUAGUGGUCAAUUAUAGGCAGGUGGCUGCUAUAGACAGGUUCUUAUACACACAUUCUGCCUCCAUGAGAGUCAGUUUUAGUGGUCAUUACAGACAGGUGACUGCUAUAGACAGGUUCUUGUACACACUAUCUGCCUCCAUGGGAACCAAUAUUAAUGACCGCUAUAGGCAGGUGACCACUAUAGACAGGUGGCCACUAACAGGUAAAAUUCAUACAAAGUGAAUGAAGAAUAACAUAAUACAGUGCAUAGUUUAUGUUUGCAUUGAUUUUUAAAUCCAAAAAGUGAACAAGAGUUAUGGAAAUGCUGAUAUGAUGUCAUGGUUACCUUUUCUUAUGUAUUUUAUAGAAUGAAUUAACAAAUAUUUCCAUUUUCUCAUGAUAUAUAUAUAAGAAAAGGUAAUCUUACGACAUUGUUGGCUCUUUAAUACGCAUGCAACCCACAUGUAUUAUAUGCAAACUUACAGAAAAAAUGUAACUUAUUUUUCCAUCUGAAGUUGAUGGAAUUCUUAGUUUCAUUUGAUUUAUUUUUUCUUGGUAUCCUGGUUGAUUACCCCUUAAAGAUGUGUGCAUUCCAUAAUAUCUUUUUUUCACUCAUCAAGAAGAAAUAUAAUUAUCAAUGAUGUGCAUUGUAAUGUAUUGAUAAGUUGCACAUUUUUACUGUAAUUAUUAUUCUCAGAUUUAUAGUUUAUUGGUGAUUUAAACUUCUUUCAAAGAUAUGUUAUUGAUUCACCCAGUGUCUCACAAUUUAGUGUUACAUAAUAUAGUUUGAUAAGUUUCUGUAACAAGAAAACACGGCAUAGGUACAAGUUAUCUUGCAAAACACGGGGUUUUGUACUAUAUUCACUUUUCUAUCAAACGAUGAAUCCUACCUAUUUCAAGUAUGUUAACUCGAAAAAAUGGAAAUACUGAAGUAUUUAAUAUUCAUGUCAUGUAUAUGUAGAUAAGGUAAUAAACGUCAGAUACGCCAA